CUUGUCUCGUCUCGAAUGGAUCCAUUUGAGAUUCCAAGCAAACACGUUGAAGUUCCAAAUGGCGCGAGGGCAGCGUGUCUGACGUUUGCGAAUUUGACGAUGAUCUUGCAGAGAUCGGACCCCUUCCGUCCGCUUUCCCUCCCUUCACUCGGAGCAUCACUCCUUCCGUUCGCUACUUUGACCUGCCUUCACCCGCAACAAUGGCCCAAGAACACUCCAGCCACCACGUCCACCGCGAACGAACCAUCGUAAAGGAAGUCGAGGACGACGAGUUCGAGUGUGACGACCAAGAGUGCAUUUCGUACGGAACACGCCACCAAGCUUCCCAUAGCUACCAUCCCCACUCUCAGAAUGAUUUCACUGCACCUCACUCAUAUAGGCUUGGUGCACGUCUGAGGAAUCUGUUUGUAGGGCCGCCGGCGGCUGAUGCUGACGAGGUUCUUGUCGAGCAGGAGACGGUUAAGGUGGUUAGGGUGAAGUACAAUAAGGAUGGCAAACGCAACGGACACCUCGACGUCUCGACUGUCGACGAGGAGCAUAGGUUAGGCGAGGCUGUGAAGGGGAAAUACAGAGGUAGCGCGGGAAGCAUCAGCACGAGAAGUGGGAGUGAGGUGGAUCAUGUGAGAUACAGGGCGCUGAGCGGUGCGAAUGGAAUCAAGCACCGGGUAGGAGAGACGGAGAGGGAGGUGAAGAAGCAGCCUGGCAGCUUGCUCGGCAACAUAUGGUCAGCCGUCACCACCGCCCUAUCCAGCACCGACGACCGCCACCGCGUAAUCGAACACCGCGCCGGCCGCAAAUACAACAAAGCCAAAAGCAACGCAUACGGAGCCGCCCACGAUUUCAAGACUGAAGCGGAUCGCGUUGCCGCAGAUGCAAAACACCAGGCGGGGAGAGCGGCAGAGAACGUACUUGACACCGUCCCGGACUUGCGGGAUGUCGUGGAAGAAAAGGCUGAUAAAGCGAAAGAACAGGCGAAAGAUACAAUCGAACAUGCUACGGAUGCAAUUGGGAAGGCUGCCGAGGAAGCUGCGCAGCGAUAUAACACCGCAAAGGAACGGGCGUCACAGGGCGCUCAACGGGCUCGUGAGACGGUUGAAGAUGGAAUCAAGAAGGUGCAGGAAACCGCGGAGGAGGCCGCUGCGUUGUUGAAAGAAAAAGCAGCCAAAGCGGCCGAGGCGGUGAAUGAGACUAAGGAGACGGUUAAACACCAGGUCGAGGAAACGGCCGAGGGUGUGAAACGGCGGGUGGAGAACGCUGCGCAUCGCGUGAAAGCAGAACUGGAUGAGACGGUCGAGGCUCUCCGCAAGUCGGCUAAAAACGCCAAAGGGAAAGCGCACAACGUCAAAGAAGGCGUCAAGGGUAUUCCGCAGACACUCAGAGAAGGCGUGAGGGAAACCGCACACACCAUCAAAAAGAACGCACAUAACCUCAAGAAAGGCGUGGAACAUACCGCCCACAAUGUCAAGCAAGGGGCCAAAUUUACCGCCCAGGAUGUCAGGAAACAUGUCAAGCAAGGCAGCGAGUCUGUGCUCCACACAUUCGAGAGCGCUGCGGAAUGCUUGGGGACGCGCGGACCCAGGACGCAGGGAUGGCAUCCCCACGCGGGCUUGCCGGGGUUGGGAACUUAUGGCGGCCCGAUUACGGGUACACCGUUCGCCAAUCCUGUGCCUGUAACUGCGUUUUACACGGCGUUGAGCACCCUGUGGUUCGUGUGGCUUGCCAGCCGAGUCCACAAAGCCCGCACCCGCACUCAAAUCUACCACGGCUCCGGCGCCCUCCAACUCGCCCUCGAAUCCUCGCCCUCCGUCCUCCUUUCCCAAACCACCACCACACCCUCAACCUCCCAAACCAUCACAACAACCCACGAAACCACCGACGAAACCCCGCACAUCACGCAUAUCCACCACCUCAUCCGCGCCAUCGAUGCCCGCCGCACCUUCACGACCACAGUACCGGUGUAUUUGAUCGUCCUGGGGGCGAUGGAGCUUGGGGGGGCGUACAGGCCGCUGUUGCACAUGUUGAGUUGGGCGGUUUUGGUGGCGAGUGUUGUUAUGACUGAGUACGGGAUACUCCAACCCACCGCUCACGCCCCCGGAAGCGCGCGCGCCGUUGGGGCUGGUAUCACUGCGGCUAUCGUCCUGUUUGCUGCCUGCAAGGCCAUGUAUCUUGUGGUUACUUGCGCAGGACGUCCGGUUGUUUGAGCUGCCUGCUCGUCGUACACACAUACGCCACUCAUCGCACCCUUUUGUGGC